CUUAUUUUUGACUCCGCCCCCAAACCCUCUCUUCUUUUCUCUUUUAGUUGUCCGGAAGUGUUACGCCUUUAAUGAAAAGCUUUGUGAGUGUAUCCUUUGCAAGUAACAAGUUAUUUGACACCUUUCUGUGUUUAUUUCUUUAGCAACUUGCCAAAGAUAUAUUGGAUAGAAGAUAGAAGACAUUCCUGACAGUUCAAAUCUUUCUGCUAUGUGUUUCUAAACUCUUGAAGUCUUCACCUGUGGAUUAAGUGGAACACUGCAGUUGAAUUUGUUGUGUAGAAUCACUACAGAUAAGAUUCAUGACCAAAUUUGCUUCAUUUUUUAAUACUCCCUGCUACAUGACUUUCCGGUGACAAAAGUGAGAAAAAAUGAGUGAGCCAGAUCGUAAAAGGAGAAAGUACCGGACUGAACAUAAUGCAAAUCCUGGACCUGGACCACCUGUGCUUGGUGAGAUGAACUGUGAUGAUGCUACUCAUGAGCAGUUGGAUGAACAAAAUGAGUGGAAACGAUUCAAUCUUAGUGUUGAAAACCUCAAUGACUGUUUGGUUACUCGGUGUGUUUGCCCCUGGAAUUUUGAUGACUAUCAAAACAUUGUCAUUUGCUCAGGAAACAAGUGCUCUGAAAUAGAUAACCAAAGUGAAAUACUCCUCUUUUGCUCUAUAAUCCAACUAUUAUGUGAAGAAAUUGCUAGACAGAAUAAUGCUAUCACAAGAAGCGGUAGAUUUUGCCUAACUCUCAAGAGAUUGAGAGUUCUCCUAUUUCACCUCAAUAGUGUUUCCGAUCCCACAUGUCUUCUUCAAUGUUUUCUGCGCUCUUCAAACCAAUUUAUAAGUUUUGCAGCUGCCAGAUCCUUGUCAGCUUGGCUAAAAGCAGCUGACGAAGGGGCAUGUAAAGUCCUUUUGGAUCGUCUACUUGAUAAUAUAAUCAGUCCUUUAGCCACCUCGCUGAGCACCCUCAACACUUCCGGGGCACACGGCCCUCUACCUCACACUGUGUCCAAUUUACUAGAUAUUUUAAAAAGUUGUAUUGAAGCGCCAGAUGUUGAACCUCAUCCUACUGAAGGUGCUACUGAAGAUGAGAGCGAAGAUGCUUCCUUUGAGUCCAACGAACGAACAAUGAGUGUUAAGUUCAUUUGUCAUGGAUUGCUGAACAUGGAAGAAGCUUCUGAAGACUCAUUGGGAGCCGAUCAAGUCGACCUAGAUUGCCCGGAUUCAGAAUCAAAGGAUUUAAAGGGCAGCGUUAUUCGUGCUCUGGGCAAACACUGGAAUGUUAUUGUGACCUAUUUUCAUGCAGCUUUAACUCUUGCGCAGUCUGCUACCAGUUUACAUUCCGAAGAUAUUUUUCCUUUGGUUUCCUUUUUAUCGCUGUGGCAGUCGACAAUAUCCGUUAAAGCCAAUGUAUCCGUAUUGGACUCGAAGCCGUUCUAUUCGCGAAUGGAAGCACUAUUGCCGAUCAUGACGCCUUCACUAGACCCUAUCAUCUGGCGGGAAAUGAUAAAUCUUUUCAAUGAAGUUCUCUGCUACGGUUCCACACUUGCCCUUCAGGAUUUUUUGCCAGACGAGCCUUGCAAUCUGGCGCACUUGGUUAUCCGUCAUGUACGAGUUGAGAGAUUACUGGAUCGAGCCCCUUUCCAAUCAGGACAGAAUUGUACAUCUAGCCGAUCUUUGAUGCAAAAGCUCGUACUUUUGGUUCUUAAAGCCGUUGCUGUUACUGUGAAGGAAACAAGAUCUGAGAGUUCAAGCCUUGAAUCUGAAUCGAAUUCAGAGUCAGGUCAUUCUGACCCUCUACGCUCCGAGGAUUCGGAAGACCUACAUGCCGACAUGACUGUAAUCCUUCGCAGCAUCAAACAAGUAUUUCGCAUCGUGGAUGUCAGAAUCAAAACCUGGCUGCCUUUCCACCCUGAAACGACGUUAAGCGAAUGGAUGGUGAAAAUGUUUCACGAUCAAGACGAUUCCCUUAUUGAAACAAUGUUAUGCAGUUUAGAUAUUAACAACGGCUUGUAUAGCAAUUGUCGUGGGCUUAAUGCUACGUCUAACUCUCUUCAAACAGGAUUAUCGGAUUUGAAAGGGACGCUCAAUCCUGUGCAGACAUGGUUGAAAUUCUUGGAAACUGUAGCAUACGAUACGGACGUUUUGUUGGAUUUACUGGUCUCCAACGAAACGUGCUUUCUAUUAUACCUCUUGCGUCUUCUUAAGUUCAUUCGUAGGAACUGGGAAGAUUUUCUUUCAGUUUUAACCCAUCGUCAACUAGAAGAUGUCAUGACCUGUUUCAUUCGUUUGCGGAUAGCCAUCCGUCGAUUAGUUGCCAAGAAUCUUUUCCCUUACAACAUUGGACCAAUUGUGAAAUUACUUGAAAAAUGUGAAGAGCUCUACGAAGGAAAAGAAAACUAGUGCGACAACAAACUUUUUACAAACCUGAAGUGUUACUACAUACGAAGAGAUGAGCAGGUUAUCCAUAUUCUGCACCUCAGCUAUAGUUAUAGAAACUACUUCGCUUUUUCGAAUUGUUUAGAUUGCUAGGAUUCCUGGCUACUUCGCCUUGUUUUAUUGAGUGGCAGGGAAUUACAUGGGCUGCUUUAUACACACAUGUUGUUCCGUGUAUGGUUGUUGUUAAACCAUAUGGUAUUCAUCUUUGAAAUACGUUGUAUUCUCCUUAAUUUUGUCAUUUGUAAAUAGAAAGUGGUUUUCGAAAGCUACUAACAGAAACUGUUCUGGUUUCCACCCUUCACUAUGGAUUUUCCGAGAAUUUUUUAUUUAAAAAUACAAUUCUAAAUUUAAUUUUAA